AUGGUUACCCCCGCCGACCUCAUCAGAGAGCUCACCCUCACAAACACCUACCUCGCCAAACAAAACGAAAACCUCAAGGUCGAUAACCACAACCUCAAAGUCACAAACGACAUGCUCAAGAACAAAGCCGCUACCGACCAAGCCAUCAUGAAUGCCGCCAUCACGAUCAAGAACCUCGAACUCUACAACCAGAAUCUUGAAGACGAGAACCAGCAUCUUAGAGAUCAGCUCGAGUAUUGUGCUGAGAAGAAAAGGAUUGACGAUGAGUUGGAGUUGUUGAGGAUGGAGGUUGAGAGUAUUGAUGAGGAGUUGGUGAAGCGCGUGAAGGAGAUGGAGAUUAUGGCCGAGUUGAGUGAGAAGAUGGAGAUGUUGAAGCAGGUUGGUGUCCUGGAUGACGGUCAAGAAGAUGAGAAGAAACACGACCAGGGUGAUGGCCAAAAGAAUGGCGAGGCCGAGCCGGAUGAUGUCGUCAAGGAGAGCCACGAUGAUGAUAGCGAUUGA